AUGGAGUACUCACAAAGUUGCCUCUCCUUACCACCCCAAACUAGUGGACAAGUUGAGAUCUCAAACAGAGAACUCAAGAGCAUACUUCAGAAGACAACAGGCAAGACAAGAAAGGAUUGGAGUGCCAAACUAGAUGAUGCUCUAUGGGCAUACCGCACUGCCUUCAAAACACCACUUGGUACCACCCCCUUUCAUCUUGUUUAUGGUAAAGCAUGUCAUUUACCUGUGGAGCUGGAGUACAAAGCAGCUUGGGCUAUUAAGGAGUUGAACUUCAACCUAAAGACAGCAGGAGAAAGAAGAUUGAUUCAGCUGAAUGAGCUUGAUGAGAUUAGGCAUCUGGCUUAUGAGAAUUCAAAGAUCUAUAAGGAGAGAACCAAAGCUUUCCAUGACCGCAAGAUCAUCCCAAAGAACUUUGCGCCAAACGACCAAGUUCUACUAUUCAACUCAAGGUUGAAACUCUUUCCAGGAAAGCUUCGCUCAAGAUGGUCAGGACCAUUCAGGAUUAAAGAAGUUCGCCCCUAUGGAGCAGUGGUACUAUGGGACCCAAUGGGAGGAGACUUUACAGUCAAUGGACAAAGGUUAAAACCCUACCUAGCUUCCACCACCAUACCACAGGAGACCACACUGCGCUUGGCGAUCCACCAGAUCCUUAAGGAAGUGCCAUACAGUCAAGCUAAUGACUUUAAACAAAGCGCUGAAUGGGAGGCAACCCAUUGA